UUGGCAUUCGCGCCGCGUUCGUCGUCGCGAGCGGUCGUCUCCGCGUAAAUGUUAUUGACAGACGCGCGUGUAAUUAUCGAAAUAUGGUGUGUAAUAGUGUCGUAUAAUUUAUUUUUUUACAAAAUUAUAGACUAUAUAAUAGUGUCUCUUAUCGAUCGAGUGGGGAACAGUGUGACGUGCGACACAGAUGACGAUUAAAUGAAACUGUAGAUUUAGUUUAAUAUUUAUUCAACCUGUGAUAUUAUUUUUAAUAUAAAUUAAUGUUUCAACCAUUCAAAAUGACGGAGAAAAACGGAGUUAUAACUAUACAUCAGAUGCGCCUGCACCGUUGUGAGGGGUGUCUCGCGGCCUGCCGACCGGAGCGCCGGGCGCCGCUACCGCCCUCCAAGAUCAUUGUCAGGAGCGGCCAUUUGAAACGAGCGAAACGGGUGCCGUACGCAGUGCCCGCGUUGAACAAGGAGAACCACAUAAUGGCGACGACGCUGCCCACUCUACCUACACCCCCGGAUGAUGAUGCACCGCCGAUGCCCUGGUUUGGUAUGGACAUUGGGGGCACCCUCACGAAGCUCGUAUACUUCGAACCUCGGGAGACGAAUAGACGAGAACUUGACAAAGAGACGGAGAUUCUGAAGAACAUUCGCAGAUAUCUCACCAGGAACUCGGCGUACGGCAAGACCGGCAGACGGGAUGUGCACUUACAGAUGGACAAUGUAACGAUCCGCGGCCGUCGCGGCACACUACACUUCAUACGGUUCCCGUCCAGUGAAGUUGGCGCUUUCCUCCAACUGGCCCGCUCUAAGGGCAUGGCCACACUCGUGAACACGAUAUACGCGACUGGGGGUGGUGCGUACAAGUUUGAAGAGGACUUUAUUAAGGAAGUGAACAUGCGGCUAUCAAAAUUGGACGAGCUGGACGCGCUCAUAGCGGGCGUUCUGUUCGUCGACUCUAUGAACCCGCAGGAGUGUUACUAUUGGGCACCGCCAGAUGGCGUCAAUGAAAACUCGCCGCCGUACUUAGAAGCGUCCCUAUCGCAGUACGUACGCAAGCCGUACGACUUCUCCAGCCCGUACCCGUUUCUGCUCGUCAACAUUGGCAGCGGGGUUUCCAUGCUUGUUGUCAGCGCACCGAACGAUUAUUGCCGCGUUAGUGGUACCAGUCUGGGUGGCGGCACAUUCCUGGGCCUGUGCUGCCUACUAACGGGCUGCAGCAGCUUCGAGGAGGCGAUAUCGCUGGCGGCGUCGGGCGACAACACGACGGUGGACAAGCUGGUGCGGGACAUAUACGGGGGGGACUACGAGCGGUUCCGGCUCAGGGGCGAUCUCGUGGCCAGCAGUUUCGGGCACAUGUGCUCAGCGGACAGACGGGCUAAAGUAUCCCGGGAAGACCUGGCUAGAGCCACGCUUGUAACAAUCACGAACAAUAUCGGCUCCAUAGCGCGGCUCUGCGCGUCCAACCAGAGGAUAGAGCGGGUAGUUUUCUGCGGCAACUUCCUGCGAGUGAACCCGCUGUCUAUGAAACUGUUGUCGUACGCGAUGUCCUACUGGUCCAAGGGUGCUUUGAAAGCGUUGUUCCUUGAACACGAAGGCUAUUUCGGCGCAGUCGGUUGCCUGCUACACUACGAUAGUAAGAACCACAAACAGAAUUGCAACUCUGAACACAGCGACAGGUGAAUUGCAUCAACAACAUCAAGAAUAAUCAUUUUCAUCAACAACAACAAUCGACGUACUAUAAAAAAAACUAGACUCAUAAUGCUGAAAAUUAAAUGUCCGAAUCAAAACUCUGCCUACGCGUCUAAUGGGCAGAGUUUUGUAAUAAGCGCCACUGUACAAUGGACUUUAAACUUAUAGAACACUAGCUGUACCGCGCGGUUUCACCCGCGUGGCUCCGCUCCUGUUGGUCUUGCUUUCG